UCAGUGCUGUACAAAUUCGCCUUGGGCAGUUCCAUUAAAUUUGACAUGCAAGCAAAUAAGGCGAAUUCGCAACAGAAAACACAAGUAACGAAAAUUAUUAAUUUUUCUGUAGGUGACUUUGGAAAUUAUGACGUUCAUACGUUGAAAAAACUCUGCUUUUAUAAAUAAAUGUUCCAAGGAUGAUUCGCGAAUACGUGGACGAAAGCAAGCCAGAUUUGAAUUCGAUAGCUCCAUCAUAUAGUAAAGGCAAACAUGAAAAGAAAAAAAAACCGGCUCUUGAUGAUUUGGUGCAAUAUGUGACUUUACACAUCCGGAACCCAAUAGUACUUAGCGGUAUAGUUAUGCCAUUUGUUUUAAUGUAUUUGACCGCUUUUUAUGCCUGGAUAUUUGUCUACGGUAUUGAUGUGCACUACGAAGCCGGCCUAAUCUCGGUAGCUGUAAUAGCGUUUGCCCAAAUUCUUUCAUUACUUUGUUGCUAUUGGAGUGUGCAUGUGCUCGCAUUUCUGAAUUGUCGAAAAGUCAAAAUUCCCGCAGAAGGUGUUUUAGCCAAGGUAGUGCCAACACCAAACAAUGGUUCUUCUCAGCUGGUGCACAUACAUUGCAGCAAAUUGGCCAACGGCGAGCAACAACUGUAUUUUGUUUUCCAAAAAACAAAAUAUGUUUGGGACGAAGAAAAGUGUACAUUCCAUGGAAUAGCAUUUCCUGUGCACGAAAUCCUAAGUCAUUACUCUCGCAGUCGAGGUCACGAAACAGAAGCAGCAGUCAAGAUAGCAGAACAAACCUAUGGAUUGAAUGAAAUGAAAAUGGUCGUUCCAGAAUUCUAUGAACUCUUUAUCGAACGAGCCACAGCACCUUUCUUUGUAUUUCAAAUAUUUUCGGUUGCUUUGUGGUGUCUCGAUGAGUAUUGGUACUAUUCCCUAUUCACACUGGUCAUGAUGGUUAUUUUCGAAUGCACUCUUGUUGGUCAGCAACUUCAUAACAUGGCUGAAAUUAGAAAAAUGGGCAACAAACCUUAUUCCAUUAGCGUGCUGAGACAAAAUAAAUGGCGACAGAUAAUCUCCGAUCAGCUUGUACCUGGAGAUAUUGUGUCCAUAACAAGAUCACAAAACGACAAUUUGGUGCCCUGUGACAUAGUGUUAUUACGUGGUAGUUGCAUAGUUGACGAGAGCAUGCUGACAGGGGAAUCGGUGCCGCAAAUGAAAGAGUCCUUAGAGACACUAGAUAAUCUAGAUGUAGAACUAGAUAUGGAAGGCGAUAGUAAGCUGUUUGUUCUCUUUGGUGGGACUAAAGUGGUGCAACAUACUGCUCCCACAAAAGAUGAUAUGCGAGCACCGGACGGUGGUUGUAUAGGAUAUGUGCUGCGCAAUGGUUUCAAUACAUCCCAGGGAAAAUUGUUGAGAACAAUUCUAUUCGGUGUUAACCGCGUAACUGAAAACAAUUUAGAAACAUUUGCCUUUAUACUCUUUUUAAUGGUUUUUGCUAUUGCCGCUGCAUCUUAUGUUUGGAUUAAGGGAACCGAAGAUCCAGAGCGGAGUCGCUACAAGCUUUUCUUAGAAUGUACGCUUAUAUUGACGUCAAUAAUACCCCCAGACCUUCCAAUUGAAUUAACAUUGGCAGUUAACACUUCACUUAUGCAACUAUCCAAACUUUUUGUAUUCUGUACUGAGCCUUUUCGCAUUCCCAUCGCUGGUAAAGUUCAAAUCUGCUGUUUCGACAAGACCGGAACUCUUACAUCGGAUAAUUUGAUGGUUGAAGGUAUUGUUGGUAUGUCUGAUGAUAUUAAUGCUAUUGUGCCAAUGAAUAGGGCGGUAGACCAUACAAUACAAGUACUUGCAACUUGUCAUUCCCUGGUAAUGCUUGAUGACGGACUUGUUGGCGAUCCGCUUGAAAAGGCUACACUUACAGCAGUUGAUUGGAGCCUUACCAAGCAGGAUAGCGUUAUUCCAAAACGCGGAAGACUAAAACCUUUACGUAUAUUUCAUCGUUACUAUUUCUCAUCGGCCCUAAAAAGGAUGUCGGUUUUAGCGGGCUAUUUAGUGCCAUUCAGCAAUGAUAUUUUUUAUAUAGGCACAGUAAAAGGCGCACCUGAAGUAAUACAGAAUAUGCUAAAAGAAGUACCGAAGGAUUAUGAAAAGACAUUCCUUGAAUAUUCUCGACGCGGAGCACGCGUUUUAGCAUUGGGCAUAAAAGAAUUCGGACAAAUGGAUGCCCAACGCGUCCGCGAAUUAAAGCGCGAGGAUGUUGAAUGUAACUUGAUAUUUGCGGGAUUCGUCAUAAUAUCGUGCCCUAUAAAACCUGAAUCCAAAAGUGUAAUCAAAGAGUUGAUACACGCAUCCCACAAAGUUGUAAUGAUAACUGGCGACAAUCCAUUAACAGCCUGUCAUGUAGCCAAAGAGUUACGCUUUACACGUAAAAAACUCCUCAUCCUUACUCCUGGCGAGAUGGAUAACGAGAAAAAUAUUAAAUGGCAUUGGCUUUCAGUUAAUACAGAUGCGACAUAUAGCCUUAAGCAUGAUCUAAAGGAUAUGCUAGCUAGCUAUGAUUUGUGUAUAACCGGCGAAGGGUUGAAUUACCUCAAGGAUAACGAAAAUCCUUACAUGCAAAAGAUUUUACAACACGUCACUGUUUGUGCGCGAUUUGCGCCAAAACAAAAAGAAUAUGUUAUAACAUCCUUGAAACAUCUCGGAUACUAUACGCUCAUGUGCGGGGACGGUACCAAUGAUGUAGGCGCUCUUAAACAUGCUCAUGUAGGGGUGUCUUUGCUAAGUACAGCACCAGCAAAACUAAGGAGGAGACGAGAUGUGACCAAUGGAACAGGAUCAAUAACUGUAGACACAGGCACCAGUUCAUCUGGCAAUACCACACGAAACACCGGCGGCAAUAGAAGUGUUGCUACAAUAGGUUCUAAUUCGACGGAGCGUCGAAAUCUUAUUCCACGUGAACGAGCAAUUUUACGCCAUAGAGAGAAUUUAAAUUCUACACAGGCACGUCUACAAACGGAAUUGAAUGAAAUAUAUGAGGAUACAACGGUUGUAAAACUAGGAGAUGCAAGUAUAGCGGCACCGUUUACCAGCAAAACAUCGUCGAUAAUGUGUGUGAAUCACAUUAUUAAACAGGGACGCUGCACUUUAGUGACAACACUACAAAUGUUCAAAGUCUCAGCCCUUAAUGCACUCAUAUCAGCCUACUGCCAAUCAGUUUUAUACAUUGAUGGCGUAAAAUUCAGUGAUAUGCAAGCAACUCUGCAGGGACUCUUCAUAGCUGCUUGCUUUCUUUGUAUAACACGUUCAAAGCCGCUGAAAACUCUAUCAAAAACUGCACCAUUGCCAAAUAUAUUUAACUUUUAUAGUAUAUCAACCAUACUUUGCCAGUUUGCCGUUCAUUUUGGUGCACUUUACUACUUAACACAGGAGGCUACGGCGCGGGCACCUGCAAGGGAAGGGAAAGUAAAACUCUACUUAGACAUGGAGGCAGAGGAAAAGCAGACUUUCGAACCAAACAUUAUAAACAGCACGGUUUAUAUAAUUUGUCUUGCAUUGCAAGUAUCUACUUUUGCAGUCAAUCACAAGGGGCAUCCUUUUAUGGAGAGUUUACGAGAAAACCGGCCUCUACUAACAUCGAUCCUGGUUUCGUCUGCAUUGGUGUUAUUCCUUUCUUUGGGCCUCUCAUCCGUUCUGACCGAAGCUUUUGAAAUUGUCUCAUUCCCAGACGAUUUUCGCAACACGCUUGUGUUGGUUUUGUUAGCGGAUACCAUUGCAGCUUUCGCGUUGGAUAGAAUCUGUUCAUUUCUCUUUGGCGAAACAAGGCAAACGUCGAAAAUUGUCAACUACUAAAUGGGACCAGUAAAGUUCGUUUAUGUUUAUCCAAAAUCGUCUUAAGUUCACCAUUUAUAUACAUACUGCAUAUUGGAAUUUGUAUUUAUAACUGAAGAAAAAAAUAAAUAAACAGAUUACGAAUAUA